AGCCAAAGCCGCCCUCCUGUUGCUCUUCCCGCCAUCGCCGCCAAGCCAGGGGCGCGAGCAGGCGGGCGGGCGGUGCGCGGCUGGCUGGCUGGCUGGAGGCGGCGGGGAAGGAGCCGCUCGGCGGGGCGCUCCCCUCUCAGCCGCCCCGCGGGGAACCGGCCCCCGCCAUGCCCACCAACUUCACGGUGGUGCCGGUGGAGGCGCCCGCCGAGCAGGAGGAGGGGGAGGAGGAGCGCCCGGGGGGGCGACAGCCGCCGCCCCCUCCCGCGGAGCCCGGCGCGGAGCCCAGCAGUGCGAGCCGCAGCAGGCGAGGCAGCGGCGCCCGGCGGCGGCAAGCCGAGGGCGGCCGCGUGGAGCGCGGCGGGGGCGAAGGUGAUGGAAUUCCAAGGGAAAAUAGCCCAUUUAUCAAUAAUUCUGGGUUGGAAAGAGGAAACAUCUAUGAAGGAAAGAACAUGGCUCUUUUUGAGGAAGAAAUGGACAGCAACCCCAUGGUAUCAUCUCUUCUUAAUAAGCUAGCUAACUAUACCAACGUUACCCAAGGAGUUGUAGAACACGAAGAAGAUGAAGAUAGCAAACGUAAGGAAAUCAAGGCCCCACGUAUGGGCACUUUCAUUGGCGUGUACCUGCCUUGUCUGCAGAACAUUUUAGGAGUCAUCUUGUUCCUGCGAUUGACAUGGAUUGUGGGGACAGCAGGAGUUCUUGAAUCUUUCAUCAUAGUGUUCAUCUGCUGUGCUGGCACCAUGCUGACUGCGAUAUCAAUGAGUGCGAUAGCGACAAACGGUGUAGUUCCUGCUGGUGGCUCAUACUACAUGAUCUCAAGGUCACUGGGGCCAGAGUUUGGUGGAGCUGUGGGUCUCUGUUUUUACUUGGGCACAACGUUUGCAGGGGCUAUGUAUAUUCUUGGCACAAUUGAAAUCCUGCUGAAAUAUAUUUCCCCCAACGCUGCUAUUUUUAAAGCAGAAGAAAAGACUGAAGUGGAAGAGGCCAUGCUGAACAAUAUGAGAGUGUACGGGACGUGCACCGUUGCUCUGAUGGCCGUAGUUGUGUUUGUGGGCGUUAAAUACGUCAAUAAGCUGGCGCUGGUCUUCCUGGCUUGUGUGAUCCUUUCAAUCAUGGCUAUUUAUGCGGGGGUUAUCAAAACUGCUUUCGACCCACCAGAUUUUCCUAUAUGUCUACUUGGAAACCGCACGUUGUCAAGGCAGAAGAAUUUCCCUUGUGCCAAAUAUACUGAAAAGGGCAAUACAACAGUGGCUACGGAGCUGUGGGAUCUUUUCUGUGACAGUGCCUCAUCAAAUGCAACAUGCAAUGAAUAUUUUAAACGUAACAAUGUCACACAAAUCCAGGGAAUCCCUGGAGUUGCAAGUAGGGUCCUGAUCGAUAAUUUGUGGAGUGUAUAUGGAGACAAAGGUUCAAUUGUGGAGAAACAGAACCAGCCAUCAGUUCCUGUGCCAGAAGAGGCAAAAGAUCUUGAUCUCCCUUACGUUUUUUCAGAUAUCAUGACCUAUUUCACUAUACUAGUAGGGAUUUAUUUUCCAUCUGUGACAGGAAUCAUGGCAGGUUCAAACAGGUCGGGAGAUCUUCGGGAUGCUCAGAAAUCCAUUCCCACUGGAACAAUUUUGGCCAUUUCCACAACAUCAUUUAUCUAUCUGUCUUGUAUCAUCCUUUUCGGAGCCUGUAUAGAAGGUGUGGUCUUGAGGGACAAAUUUGGAGAAGGAGUUAAUGGAAACUUAGUGAUCGGAACAUUGGCGUGGCCCUCUCCGUGGGUCAUUGUAAUUGGCUCGUUCUUUUCCACGUGUGGUGCAGGCCUCCAGAGCCUCACUGGUGCCCCACGGCUGCUCCAGGCGAUUGCAAGAGAUGGCAUUGUACCGUUUCUCCAUGUAUUUGGUCAUGGGAAAUCAAAUGGAGAGCCAACUUGGGCUUUGCUCCUUACUGCUUUUAUCUGUGAAAUAGGCAUUCUUAUAGCUUCUCUGGACAGCGUGGCUCCAAUUCUUUCUAUGUUUUUCCUAAUGUGCUAUCUGUUUGUAAACUUGGCAUGUGCGGUCCAGACUCUCUUGCGUACACCGAACUGGAGACCUCGUUUCAAGUAUUAUCACUGGACGCUUUCAUUCCUGGGUAUGAGCUUGUGCCUCGCCUUGAUGUUCAUUUGCUCUUGGUACUAUGCCUUGAUUGCCAUGCUAAUAGCAGGGUGUAUUUACAAAUACAUAGAAUAUAGAGGAGCUGAAAAAGAGUGGGGAGAUGGAAUCCGGGGGUUAUCCUUGAACGCUGCUCGGUAUGCCUUGCUUCGGGUUGAGCAGGGCCCUCCUCACACCAAAAACUGGAGGCCUCAGGUCUUGGUUUUGCUGAAUUUGGAUUCAGAACAGUUGGUCAAACAUCCUCGACUGCUUUCUUUCACCGCUCAGUUGAAAGCUGGAAAAGGACUGACCAUUGUAGGAUCCGUACUUCCAGGAGUGUACUUGGAUAAAUACACAGAAGCUCAAAAGGCUGAGGAGAAUAUUAGAUCCUUGAUGGGAGCAGAGCGGACCAAAGGAUUUUGCCAGAUUGUGGUAUCGUCCACUGUCAGAGAUGGAAUUUCCCAUUUGAUACAGUCUGCUGGCCUGGGAGGGAUGAAGCAUAACACGGUCUUGAUGGCAUGGCCUCAAUCCUGGAAGCAGACCGAUAAUCCCUUCUCUUGGAAGAACUUUGUUGACACCGUACGAGAAACUACAGCUGCUCAGCAAGCUCUUCUGGUGGCCAAAAACAUCGAUUUGUUUCCGACAAAUCAGGAGCGUUUUAGUGAGGGCAACAUAGAUGUGUGGUGGAUUGUCCAUGAUGGCGGCAUGCUGAUGUUGCUUCCUUUCCUGCUGAGACAUCACAAGGUAUGGAGAAAAUGUAAAAUGCGCAUCUUCACUGUAGCUCAAAUGGAUGACAACAGUAUUCAGAUGAAGAAGGAUCUUCAGAUGUUUUUGUACCAUCUUCGACUUAAUGCUGAGGUGGAGGUUGUUGAAAUGUUUGAAAAUGACAUUUCAGCCUUUACGUACGAGAAGACUCUUGUGAUGGAACAGAGAUCUCAGAUGCUAAAACAGAUGCAGCUCUCUAAGAAUGAAAGAGAAAGAGAGAUUCAGAGCAUCACUGACGGGUCUCGUGGCUCAAUCAGAAGAAAGAGCCGCUCUAGCCCUCAAUGUAUUGGCCAAGAUGUAGACAAUCUGCUACCUAAUGACACUCAAGAGGAAGAGGCUCAGCUGAUCCACGACAGAAACACCGCAUCCCACUCAACGGGGGUGGUUAAAUCUCUCACUGCUGUCGCUACCCCAGAAAAAGUACAAAUGACCUGGACAAAAGAAAAGCUUAUAUCUGAGAAGCAUAAAAAUAAAGAAACCUGUAUGACCGGCUACAAGGACAUUUUCAGUAUGAAACCGAAUCAAUCCAAUGUGAGACGGAUGCAUACUGCUGUCAAACUGAACGGCGUCGUGCUCAACAAAUCACAACAUGCCCAGCUGGUGUUACUGAAUAUGCCUGGACCUCCCAAAAACAGACACGGGGAUGAAAACUACAUGGAAUUCUUGGAAGUUUUGACAGAAGGCUUGAACAGAGUGCUCUUGGUGCGAGGAGGUGGCCGUGAAGUCAUCACUAUUUACUCGUAAUGAUUUCCUAAAUGCACUCGUUAUGUAGCAGCAACACCUGCUUUGGAUUUGAACACAAGACCUUUGCAAAUCUUGGACUAUUGACUCUGGGCUGGUCCAGUACUCCUUGCAUACAGAGUAGAAUCCAACUGUUAAAUCCUUUUUAUUUUUAUUAUGCAAAAUUUGUGCAAACAAAAUUGUUUCCUACAUAGAUCUCUAACGAUUGUCUUUGCUGAAGAAAUGUGUUAUAUACCUGUAUAUUUUUUUAAACUUAGAAACCAGGGAGACUAUUUUUUUGUUGUUGUUGAUGUUCUGGGAGGGUGGGGGUGGGGAAUGUUCUUUUGCACAUAGCAUUUAAAUGUAGCAAAUAGAAUAACUUGCUUUUUAUGUCAUAGGAACAGAGCACAAGUUUGUAGUAAUUUUUAUAAUGAUGGCUUUAAAAAAAUGAGAGAGGGUUUCCGAGACCCAGAUAUUUUAUAAGAGUCUAGCCUACAUAUUUUGUACCUCUGACCCUACGGAGUGCCAGCGGAUUCUUUUUCCAUAUCCGGUUUCCCUGGUUCUGUGUUUAUAUAGUAAUCCACAAGUAUGUGAAUCCUCUAGUAUUGUGUUUUAAUGAAUGACUGUGCACAAAGUAGAAAGGAUUAUUUCAGCAAUAUCGUUGGUUGAAUAAAAACCCUUUAAUUGAGCCACCACCAUUUUAACAAAUCGAAAGUGGCGCUGGUGAGUUUUAUUUACUGUGGUCUGAGCUUGAAGUGUUAGAUCUAUAGCAGCGACGAGAAGCUGCAGGCUACCCAAAUAGAUCAUUCUGCUGCUUAAAACACAGCAAAUCAAAAGUGUAUUUUCACAGUAUGGAGGGGUGUGUGAUCUGUUUUUCAAGAUUUGUAAGCCUGCCCUGAGACUUCAGGUGAGAAUAGGGUAAGAAAUCUAGUAAAAUGAAAUAAUAAAUAGCUGGAGUUAGCCAGGUACAACUUCUAGAGCUGCAUCUGCUGUAGCAUUUGUUGACUUGCUCUGAGCCUUCUUGCCUCUGACCUGACUGGCUGAAAAGCACAAGCCAGUUGUUAUGAAAGAGUGAUGAACUCUUUCUGCUAAAGGGACCAUUUUGCAGAUGUCAUGAGGGUAGAGCUGACCAGUCGAUACAAGUAAAGCAAAGGUGAGUGUAAAGUACAGGCUUGGUGUAGGAUAGGACUGGGUUAAGUGGAUAACAGAUAAGGUUGCCUUUCUUUAAAAGGCGAGCAAAUCAGACUGCGGUCCAGAAAUGUUUGUGUUAAGACGGUAGGUUUUGAACAAGAAAUAAUAUCUGGAGGGAAUUUGGCAGACAGAGGGAGAGAAAGCUGUGCUGUUCCAGGAGAGAGGAAGGAAAGAGAUGGAAAUUGCAGGAGGAAACAUGAUGGAGAAGUAGCAAAUAUGCUUUUGAGGAUCAGUGAGCAAGAAGUGAGAACGAACCGAUCUGGAAGUGAUAAGGGCUGGUAAAGAGAGAGCCAAGGAGAAGAUCACUGGCAGAGCAACAGAAUUUCAUUGUUGAGGAGACAAAUGAGAAACUCCUCAGGAUGCAAAGGUUAACAAGUAGAAGAACACAAUAUUAGCUGAAACAAAAUGCAAGCAUAAAAUUAGUUGUCAUUUGCUACCUAUGAAUUAGCGUCAGUUUCCUUAAAAAGGCAGUUAGGGAGACGGAGUGACUCGCUUUGUUCCUCGCCAUAAUUUCUCUUUCUGACCAUGCAAUCCUAGGCGUGUUUUCUCAGAAGUGAGCCCCACUUUGUUCAGUGGGACUUAAUCCCAGGUGAGUGUUUUUAAGAUUGUAGCCAGAAUGCCCCAAAACUCAGCUAUCCUGGUUCAGGCCCACUGUCAGUUUCUGUGUCCCCUUUGGUAAUGGUAGGAGUGUUUUACUUUCCUGGCUACCUGCCUUACACAGCACGCCCUCAAACCUUAACUUUAUACACUUUCAGUCAAUAUUAAUGCAGAGUGCAGGUUGCCUUGAGCAUUGAGUUUAACUACAACGGCUAACUGUUCACGGAGUUGAUGAGCUUGAGCAGAGCACCUGAAAAAUCAACAUUCAUUGAUUUUGUAUGAAGACAGUUGUGCUAACAUUCAGUGGUGUAAAAGUUCUGGAAGUCUGCGAAGAAUCCAAAAGCUGGUUGUUGUUCUUGACUCGUUUCCUUUGUUGUUGCUGAAAAAUGGAAAUAUUUAAUUUUGGAAAAAUAUAGAUGUAUACGAUAUAGCUUAUCAGUCCUAAAAUUUAUUUUCCAGUGUAAGAGAUGCAUUAUGUAUAACGUGGUUAACAACUGACACAUAAAUAAGGACUGUAGGGUUUUUUUUUUAAUGUAUAAGGUAUUUUACUUUUUUCUAGCACACAAUGCUAGAAAUUUGAGCUGAGCGCUGCAAUACCAUCAGGAACUAAGUAUAGCUUUUUGCCACUUGGGGAAAUAUGAAACAAAAAAUAAAGGUUGAAACAUGGACCUUCAACAUGGUUGUAAACAGAAAAGAAGGUUGUAUUGUUUGUGCUUAGAUAUAGCCUGCAGACUUCAGCAUUAUAAGCACAAGUUACAAGGAAGUUCAUGUUUCUAGAGAGAAUGCUCACAAAUAAACAUCCCUAUAAUGCAA